UUGACUGGAUUCUGGUUGCCUGAUGGAGAUUACUGAGACGGCUGGAAAACAAAUUCGCGCUUUUGCUUUUCUUUCUCUUAGUGGUACGUUUGGCUUUCUACUGUAUAUUUUUAAUAUCCCUUACUGGACCUAUUACAUAUCGUUUACUCCGACGGGAAUAUAAAGUAGUCAUACGGGACAAUUGAAUUUGUGUUCAGCCAGUGCACCGGUUUCAGGAUUUGAACCCAGGCUACACGCGCUUCUUUAGCUUCAAGCUUGCAAAUGACUUGCACAUUGGAUUUAACUUCAGGAAAGUUUAACAUCUUCACGGAAGUACGUCGAUAUUGUAUCUCCCAUAUUGUGCGAUGUGUUGAAUCGCGCUGGUGAAUAUUUCAAGAUAAAAAAAAACACCGUGGAUGUUUUGCAUUUCUGUUCUAUGUGGAUUACAAGAAUAUGCUGAUAUUAAUUUAGUAAACACCUUUAUAUGAACUUACAUAUCUUCACUGCGCGGAGUCAAGUAUACAACCUUUUUUGUUAUAAUGACCUGGAGCUGAGACUGGAAAUAAAGGACUCUCGAACUAGCAGAAGAGCGGUUCGGGCUGUUGGAACAUGAAUUCAGUUACUGGUCUAUUUGUUUUAAGUGUGUUGCUGUGUUCAACGAUCUCGUCCUGGAGCGCAACUGUCAACAGCCAUGGAGCAGAAUUUCCAAGACUGAGUGGAUUUGGCAAUUUAAGCACCUUCCUGUUGCACAGCGAGUCUGGCAUGCUCUACCUUGGUGCAUGUGAUGCAGUCAUUGUCGUGGCUACUGCUAACCUUUCAAAGAAAAUGAUUGAGUGGAGUGUUCCAGAAGACAGGAGAAAAUCUUGUGUUGCCAAAGGAAAAACAGAGGAUGACUGCAGGAAUUAUGUUCGUUUGCUGGAGUUUUUGGACGAUGGUCGCAUAUAUGCCUGUGGUACAUUUGCUUUUGACCCUCAGUGUGCUUUUAUUAACAUUUCUACAUUCUCUCUGGAGAAACAGGAUGACGGUUUUAUAAAGAUGGAGACCGGGAAGGGGAAAUGCCCCUUUGAGCCCAGCCAGCCUUACACUGCAGUCAUGGCAGGAGGUAUUCUGUACACUGCUGUCACAAGUAAUUUCCUUGGAACAAUGUAUGACAUUUCCAGAGCAACAGGCAUCGAGCAGGAACGCAUCCGUACUGAGCAAUCAAUCAACUGGCUUAGUGAUCCUGAGUUUGUGAGUUCUGCGUUUAUUCAAGAGGAUGAAGAGAACAAUCCUACUGGUGAAGAUGACAAAAUUUACUUCUUCUUUACUGAGGUGGCUAAAGAAUAUGACCUGUACACCAAGGUCAAAGUGCCAAGAGUAGCCAGAGUCUGCAAGUCUGAUGUAGGUGGUAUGAAGACUCUGCAGAGACGAUGGACGACAUUUCUGAAGGCACAGCUGGUGUGUGAAGAUCGAGCAAGUGGACAGCGAUUUAACAUUCUGACUGAUGUAUUUACUGUACAGCACCAACCUGGAGACCCGAGCAGCACACACUUCUAUGGCAUAUUCACCUCACAGUGGGAAAGAGAGGAGCUGUCAGCCGUGUGUGUGUAUAGUCUAGAGGAGAUCACUAAGGUGAUGAACGGACCCUUCAAAGAGCUUAAAAAAAGCUGCGAGAACUGGAUUAACCCAGAGCCCAUACCAACACCACGACCAGGACAGUGUUUGAAUAGUGAUCAGAGGGAGCUGGGAUUUGAGUCUUCACUGAAGCUGCCAGAUAAAGUACUUACUUUCAUGCGUGAUCACCCUCUUAUGGAGAACAGUGUGGUAGCAGCACCUUUGAUGAUCAGAUAUGGCAUCACAUAUACUAAACUCGCUGUUACCUUAACACUAGCAUUCAGUGGCCAGAAGCAACACAUCGCCACUGUUUUGCACCUUGGAACAGAUCAUGGAGAGCUACACAAAGUCGCUGUAGUUGGUUCAAAUGCAACUCUUAUUGAAGAAAUAACCCUGUUCUCUGCUCAGGAACCUGUGAAUAAUAUAUUGCUAUACAAAGGUGAGGCUGUUGUGGGCUCUCCUCACUCUCUACUGAAGUUACCUAUCUUGGGUUGCUCCCUGUACUCUUCUUGUGAGGUGUGUGCACGUGCCAGGGGCCUUGGCUGCAUUUGGAGGCAUAAUAAGCCAGCUUGUGCUAUGGCAAAGCCUGGUGAAGUGGUGGAAGCAGAAGAUUUGGUCAGGCAAUGCAACAAACGUGAAGGUGUCUGCUCUCCACCCGUAAUUGAAAUACGUGUUGAAGAGGGUCUGCGAGUUCUCCUUUCCUGUGUGCAAUUGUCACCUCGUCCCUGUCACUGGGAUCAUCCACCUGGUAGUCACACCCGCCAGCACAAUUAUGAUCUGGAGGUGCAGAUUACAAACGAGAGUCUGGGCAUCUAUGUGUGCCUAUGUGAUGAAGUGGGCAGAGAUCAGCCACCCUGUCGCAAAGCUGUGUAUCAGCUGACACUUGACAACCCCAGCAUGCAGGGUAAUAUAGCCAGUGUGGGGGGCCGACAUUUUAUGGCCUCGCACAUAUUUCUUUUUGUUAUAGGUUUUACCUUGGGCGGCAUCCUUUUGUUUCUAAUUUACAAACGGCAAGGCGGCAUGAUAGAAGGUGGACACUCAUCAUCCACAUUGGAAAAGGGGCGGGACCUUCUUCACUCUACAGACACCCCUCAGUCUCCAAGCAGCGCUAGUCUACUGUCUGAGGCUGCUCCAUUAACAGAGAAGAGGAACGGGACACUGAAUGGCCACGGACACAGUAUGCACCCAGCUGGUCACAAUGGCAGGCACAUUUAUACCAAUUCCAGUGGGCUAAAACUGCAGGAAUCAGCUGUGGCUGAGGGAAUCAACCUGGCAGAAGAGCUGGAUGGUAGGGAAAGAGCAGGGCCAGAUGGAGAGGAGGAAGGACAGGGGGAGGGGCUUAGUGAGAUGGAGGAGGAGUUUUCUAAAAUGCCUUGUCUACAAGGAGCACCGCUUGCACAAUGUGAAGAAAGCUCUAUCUGAAGAGACGCAGGGCUGGAGGAGAAGACAAUCACAGGAACUGAUACCAAUACAGAUAUGUAGGUGCAGUCAUGCAAAGAAGGCUAAACUUUGUUUGCUGAAGGCCCUUCUACUGCUCCUUUUCAUCACCAUCCAGUUCAUUUAUUCCUGUGUACAUAACAUGCUGUGUAGAUGUUUGUCUUUUCUGUAUGUGUUUGGUCAGACGGAGGAGCAGAAUCAUUAAUAUCUUGUAACAUUUUUGUGCUCCAAGCAAUUAACACACGUGAACAUUCAGUCUGUGCAUCCAUCUGUGUGUAGUUUAGUGUUUAAGCCUAUUUUCUUCUUUUAGUCAAAACACAAAAGGGGGAAUCAACAGGCAAGAGAAGCUAAAAAAUCAUGAAGAAUCUUGUUGAUCCUGGCCUGAUGUGCUUGCUUUGUGAUUUGUUGCCAAAAAGGGUUCCUCUGCGAUGAAUGAAUGAUGGAAGCCUGAUUUUCACUUUAGAGAUAAAGUGGUCUGAGUACUUUUAAUGAAGGUACUGUGGCCAAGUAACUGGCAGGGAAAAGGGCAUAAAGGUGUCCUCAACUCUCUGGGCCCCUUGGUGUUGGACCUUUAAAGAGUAUGCCCAGAUAAAUCAAGCUUCAGUCCUGACCUAUUAUGCCCAAGACUGAAUGGGUAGAGAAAAUGACCUUUUCAGUUUCUGUUUGUUCGAGAGAGAAUGAGAUGUACCAAGUUUUGUUCAUAAUUAUCUGCACAGACAAAACACCACAAGAUGACCAAUGUCUUCUUGUUAUUAUUUACCAUACAUUCUUGUUGAAACUACAAGGUAGCUGUCAAAAGUCAAGAAUGAAGUACAUUUUUGAUUGAUUUAACUUUUCCUGCCUAGUUUGAAGGUAUAUUUAUCCCAAAUAUAGUGCAUGAGACAAAGUAGCCAUGAUUAAGGAGUUACAGAUUUGUAAUAAAGUGAUGAUGGUCUACGGCGUAAUGUAAAGCACUCCUAGAAAAAGAGUGUUUAUGUAGCCAUAAUAAUGUCUGAUGGAGCUUGUAAAUAUAUGUGAUUAUAAAACUAAAUGGAAGAAGGAUCCAAUUUAAACAUGGUUUUAUUCCAUCUUUUCACUACAGGUGGCAGAAGGGAUUCUCCCUAAGUGUCAUUUCCUGCCAUUUUCCAUUUGAAUAACUUGUUUCGACAUGUGUUCUCCAAUUAUUUAUAUUUAUUUUGUUGUUGUUUGUUUGUUUUGUUGCAAAAAAAACUAUAUUUGUAAUAUUAUUCCAUGCAAAGUUAUGGUUUCUGCAAUUAUUUACAAAUAACAAAAAAGGUACAUACAAUCCCAUAAAAUUCUUACUUCAAAAAUUCUGAGGGGUAUUGCACUAAAGUUGAAUCAGGAAAGCAAUGAUAACAGACUUGACGUGCUUCAAUCCACUCCUUCUGGCUUAGUCCGUUGUAUGUUUUCUGAUCCAGCAUGAGAAUGAGCUGCUAUGUCAAGCCCGAUGUAGAUAGCCAGGAUAAGUGCACAUUUGUGGCUUUCUUCAGCAUACCAUGAGUGACAAUGAUGUGAAUCAGGUAAUGAGUUAAAAAUGCCACUCUUUCUCCCCAAUCUAGUAACUUCGACUGAUUUGUGAACUCCCUGUACUUUCAUGCAGAGAUUUAAUGAAAACGUAUGAGGAGGCGUAUUAAAAAAGAAUACAUUUUGCCUUAAAUGUGACCAGUGGACAUUCAUGCUACUCAGCACAUUUUUAGGAAAAUUUCUCCAAACAACCAAUAUUGCACAACUGUGUAAUCUGUAUGUUUUAUUUUAUCUAGCUUAUUGAAUCUAUGUGAUCAUUUAUAUAUCGCUUUUAUAUAUCGCUUUCAUUUCAUUUUUUUUUCUUUCUAGCAAAUAUAUGUAUAUACAUGUAUGUAUGUUUAUACAGUGCUCAGCAUAAAUGAGUACACUUCUUUUGAAAAUGAAUAUUAGUAUUACUUUUUCAGUGAAUAUAGACGUUAUAUUUUGGUGUAUUUAAACAAAAGAGUUUCAUUAUACAGUUAUAUUCAUUAAAAAAAGAGUUUAGUUACCAAACAUAUUUAGGAAUGGAAAGAAGAUUUUUAAAAAAUUGAAUUCGAAUGAGUUAUUGCAAAAGAGAUGUUUCUCUUGAUUGUUCCUGUUUAUUGGGAUUUAAUGAAUAUUUUCCCCUAACAUACUAACUUUGUACUAAUUUUUGGACUGAUCUUAAGUUUUUUUUUUUUUUGUCUUUGGUACUGACUAAUUUAAUGUAUAUACACACACAUGUAUUAUUUUAAAGCUUCUAUAGAAAAUAUACAUGUAAAAGAGAUAUCUGUAAGGGGUGUACUCAUUUAUGCUGAGCACUGUACAUACAUAUUUUUUUUCUGUAAUCUAUUCAAAUCUGAAACACCCUAGAUAUGAACUUUUACAAUUAUUGCUAAUACAAUUAAACAUACAUAUUUUGAAUUCUAAUAGUUGGAAAACAUAUGUAAAUGGCCAAGUUGUAAAACACAUUAAUAUCUAGCAUUGACAACGAAACUAAGAAAUUAAUCCCUAGGCUUAAUCCUAGCUCUAGAGCAGGCUAUCUGCAAAGAAUAAAUCUCUGUAGUAACUUAAAUUUUUAUGCGACCGAAUCAAGCCAGGAUAGUUUAAAAAUCCCAGCUUAAUCCCUAUUCUUGCUUUUGUGCAAUACCUCUCUGUGGUUAUCAAUUUUAUGGCUAAAGAUCAAAACAAAGCUUCACUAUCUCAAAAUACUAUAAUUGUAACAAUGUUUUUAUGUUAAUAUUCUUAAAAAAACCGGGGAUCUGUUAGUGUUCCAUUCAAUUUGUUGUUUAUUAUGAAUAAAGUAAUAUGUUAAUGUAUGUACAGAUAUGUUGUAUUCUAAGUUUCUAUUUUUAUAAUUUAUAUUUUAUGAAGAUAAAGGUAUGUUUGUUUUUAAAAAAAUUAUUGAAGGUGUCUGUACUUGAAUGACUGUAUGUUUGAAUGCCUUGUAAUGAUCUUUGGAAUAAAAAAAAAGAAAACUAC